UUUUUUAGGAUGUAUAUUCUGACGUGAAGAUACAUCCCUUUUUUCUAACUAUCUGUCAUUCGUUUGUCCAGUUGUCCAAAUAUCAGUCGCUCUUUUGUUUUUGUUCAGUCCUUCAUUUGGUACUCUCUUUUUCCCUCCAAGACCCCUUUUUGUCAAUUGAUUCAAGGGCGCUCGCUCUCUAUCAAUUUUCGGACCCGAUACCGCCAAACCACAAAAGGAAUUACCGUAAAGGAACCCAAAAAGAAAUAAACACAAUGCGGUUUCUGCUCCCCUUUGCCAUUGGGCUCACCCCCCAGGUUUCCGCCCUCAGCAUCAACAAGCCGGGCGCCAACUCGACAUACGCCGCCGGAUCUACUAUAACGGUCAACUGGACUACGGUGGACACUGAUCCCACCGAAAUUAGUCUCUAUCUGUGGAACUUUGUCUCCUGGCCUCCCUCUUACGUUCCUUUGGCUCAGAAUGUGCCCACCGCCGAUCAGUCAUACUCGGUGCAGAUCCCCUGCGACACCAACCCCGAAUGGGGUUAUCAGAUCAGCGCCAUCAACGGGACCAAUGUCUACAUUAUCUACGCGCAGGGUGACCGGUUCACAGUUUCAGAUGCUGUGAAUGGCACCAGCUGUGCCGACCCAGUCACCCCACCCCCCGCUUCCACCUGCGGUCCCACCAACGCGGUGUCAACCGUUUAUGUCACGGUGAGCCCUACUGGUUCCAGUUCUCGUCUGAUUCAUCAUCAUUCCUCCCACGGCUUUCAUUCCAGCCACCACCCGCAUUCCACCCACGCCCUUCCUGCUCCCUCCUCCACUGUCACUGCCUCUUCCAAAUACGUGAAGCCCGGAAUCGUGCCUAAGACUAUUGGUUGGUGCUCAGACUACUCCCACCCCGUGACCUUGGACAAGGUCCCAACGCCGACCCCGGUACCAACUAAACACAAUGACAAUGGACUCUCUACGGUGACUGCUGCACCGAGUGAGGUCACUGGCGACGCGAAGAUCGUGACGAUCACUACCACGGUGUCCGUACCUGCUGCUCCGGGAGACGAACAAUGCCUUUUUGUCUGAACACGGCGAUGCUGUGUUAGAAAAUGAUCUUUACUUCUUUGAUACUAUGUAUUUAGUAUAUUCUUUUAUUACUGGAGAUACGGUCCCACCAUACCGGAAAUCGUACCAGGACCACUUCCGCCAUGGUAAAUGUUUAAAUUUAAAGUACAACUCAUCCUACAGUCGCAAGUACGAAGAGGUUACAUUUACCUUAUGCGGUUACUAGUUUGUGCUAGACGUAGCCUAGCCGUUAU